CGAAGGGUAAAAAACCACAAAGGGAUCUUUUUGAUCCUUCAAAGUUACAAUAACCUCCGGAGUGGAAGUGCACAGGUCGAAAGAGGCCUAGCAAUGAAGCUCAAUUCAGUCAAGCUAUCGUAGCUAAAUCAAGCCAAGCAGUACAAAAAAGAACAAAUGAAACAAAUGAAAGGGAGAACGAAUUGAUGGAGGCCCUUCAGCAACAAUUUGAAGAUACUUUUACUUUAAGGAUCGAAAAAUGCAUCGACAAAGACGGCAAUUUACAACAGCUUAAAGAAAAUUGCCUUAAUGAGACUCGACUUUCUAGAAGUACUGUAACUGGCACUGAAAGACAAGUUGGUGCAAAGGCUAUCGAGCUUGAAAAGAUUUUGAAGAAAAGAAAAACAAAAAACUCACAGCUUUGGAACGACUUUGUUGCAACACGCUAUGAUCGACUUACUGAAGAGGUUAGACGAAAAGGCCCACGUACUCCUUCCGAAAGCAGCACCGUAUCACCGAGUUCAAUGGUAUCAGCAGCAACGCCAACCGAAGAAAAUGAGGCAUUAAGAACCUGUAGUCCAUCAUUGGCUCUUUUGAUAAGACAAGAGUUACCUGAAGAUGUCUGAGACUUUUUCUUGAAUACAAUGGACCAAGCUUUAAUUUCGGCAACUGAUUACAUUGUUGAAUAUAACAUACAAAUACAAAGACUUGUGGUGCUGUUGAAAAUAAUGAUAUUUGUAACUGAUAGAAACGGUGAAGUGGUUUUACAGCCUGCAACAGGUGAAAAUAUCAGAUACGUACUUCCUUUAAAUUUUCAACUUGACAAUAACGACUUUAAUCUC